UGUAUUUUUGUAUUAAAAUGCCUCUCUCUUCUUUCUCUUCUUUGUGCUGACUCAUGUUGAAGUCAGAGUCAGUAAAUAUUGGUGCUGACUCAUGUUAACUCCGGAGCAGUAGACUGAAUGCGUCCAGUCAAUGAGCCUCGCUGUGGGCAGCUCCUUAUCUCUCUACAGCUUUGUUCACAGCCACGCCCCUUUUUGAGCCAUCCAAUCCCAUCUAACAAUGUAAUCUCUCUAGCAUCUAAACCCUGCCCCCAUAUUCCACAUGACUGAAGAAGUCUUUCAGUUCAACAGUCAACACACAAUCUGCCAUCUGAUCGCCACAGCCACACCAACCAAUAAAACCAUUUGGGCUUUGUGUUUGUGUUCCUUUUGGAUUGUAAUUCUCUGCGCCACCUUCACAGCUUUAUCCUUACUGCUAACCACACACACACACACACACACACACACACACACACACACACACACACACACACACACACACACACACACACACACACUCUCACUCUGUCUCCCUGUCUCUCUCUCCGUCUGCAGUCUGACAGUUAACCAGGUGGGUCAGAACUUCACCUUUGUGUUGACUGACAUCGAGAGCAAACAGAGAUUUGGCUUCUGUCGCCUCUCCUCCGGCGCUCACACCUGCUACUGUAUCCUCAGCUACCUGCCCUGGUUUGAAGUCUUCUACAAGCUGCUGAAUGUCCUCGCAGACUACACCAUCAAAGGCCAGGAAAGCCAUUGGCAGGAGUUCCUGGUGUCCCUGCAUACGCUGCCCGUCCCCGAGCCUGGCGUCCCGGUUCAUCUGGGCGUGCACUCCUUCUUCACUGUGCCUGACAUCAGGGAACUGCCCAGCAUACCUGAGAAUAGAAACCUAACCGAGUACUUUGUAGCAGUAGAUGUCAAUAACAUGCUUCAUCUGUACGCUAGUAUGCUUUAUGAACGUCGAAUCCUCAUCUGCUGUAGCAAACUAAGCACUUUAACAGCGUGUGUCCAUGGCUCCACAGCCAUGCUGUAUCCCAUGCACUGGCAGCACGUGUACAUCCCUGUCCUGCCAACGCAUCUGCUGGACUACUGCUGCGCCCCCAUGCCCUACCUGAUUGGAGUCCAUUCCAGCCUGAUGGAGAAAGUUCGAGGCAUGGCUCUGGAUGAUGUGGUGCUGCUGAACGUGGACACCAACACCCUGGAAAGCCCCUACGAUGACCUGCAGAGCCUGCCCAGCGACGUGGUCUCCUCUCUGAAGAGUCGUCUGAGGAAGGUUUCUACAACCACCGGGGACGGCGUGGCCAGAGCUUUCCUCCGCAGCCAGGCGGCGCUGUUCGGCAGCUACAGGAACGCUCUGCAGAUCGAGCCGGGAGAGCCAAUCACAUUCAACGAGGAAACCUUUGUGAACCACCGAUCCAGCGCCAUGAGACCAUUCCUCCAGAAUGCCAUCCAGCUGCAGCUCUUCAAACAGUUCAUUGACGGGCGCUUGGACCUGUUGAACUCUGGAGAGGGUUUCAGUGACGUCUUUGAGGAGGAGAUCAACAUGGGCGAGUAUGCAGGCAGUGACAGGACCUACCACCAGUGGCUGUUCACUGUGAAGAAAGGAGGCGGGGCUAUCUUCAACACGGUGAAGACCAAGGCCAACCCAGCCAUGAAGACCGUGUACAAGUUUGCUAAGGACCAUGCAAAGAUGCGUAUCAAGGAAGUCAAGAGCCGGCUGAAGCAGAAGGAGCAGGCAGAAAACGGCUUCUCCACAGUGGGCUCAGCGGUUGCCUAUGACGACAACACAGCCAGCGGUGUGGUCAGGAGGGAGGGGCCUCUGCAAGCCCUGGAUGACCACCGGCCAAUCACUGUUCACUUUGGACAGGUGGGCAGACAUGAGACGGGCGGGGGGGCAACUACAGUUCCCAUAAUGCUUUGGGCUCGGCCCCCUACGCUGCUGAAGAGACCGAGCAGCAACGUGAGUCUGGAGAGCAGCGCGGACCACUCUAUGCGUCCUACUCGCCACUACACCGUCUUUCUGUCGGAGGAUUCGUCCGGAGACGAGCUCCAGUACGACGAGGACUCCAUCUCUGGCUUUCCUGACAGCUUUCUCUUCUCCGUCCCGUUUGAGUGGUCGCCUCUGCCACAGCCAUACCGCUCCCUGAAGGAGGUCCAGUUGAUGGAAGGGGACGAUCAUGGUUUUGGGGCAGAAAGUCACACUGCCCCUCCCAGCCCAGUUAAUGACAAGUUCUCCAAUGUCCACCUGCUGGGUGACAUCUUCGGCUGCCAGGACGAGCCUGACAGCCAACCAGUCACCUCGGCUAAAAGCCUGGAGGACCUGAGGACUCCCAAAGACUCCGAGGAGAUACAAACCAAGUUCACCUACCAGCGGAUGGACCUGAGUGUCAGUGAACACUCAAGAACACUUCCAGGCCUCAAGCUGUCCAACCCUUACAACAAGCUGUGGAGUGUAGGGCAGGACCAGAGCGCCAGAGCGUCCGUUUGUGUGCCUCCUGCCUGCGACAGACCUCCACCUGUCCGGCCUUCCCACUCUCCAAGCCGGGAAAGCUCUGGCCCGGGCCCCGACACUCUGGACUCUUUGGAUCCUUCCGCCCCCAGCAACAUCACCAUUCCGCGUCCCCACGGAAGGAAGACGCCCGAGCUUGGUACUGUGCUAGCCCCCCCCGCAGCCCAGUCACGCUCUAAAACAGCCGGCACGGCUGACGGAGGGACAACAUCAGGGGGACAAGAGUUUAGGCAAGCCCUGAGCAUGAGCACAGAUGGAGAGCUGCUGAAGCCCAGCAGGGCGGCUGAGGACAGUCUAGAUCUGAUCAGCCUUCUGGACCCCCUCAACAGCUCAGCAGCCAGCUGUUCCACUUCAUCGAGUGACGGGCUAGAUAUUGGCCUGUCGUCAUCUUCCUGCAGACCAACACUAACCCCCCGGUCUUACCCUCAGGGCCUGCCUCCCUUCCCACUGCAUCAUCCUCACAUAUCACUCAACCCUUUUGCCCAGUCUCUGCAGCACUCUUCCCCUCAGAUGCGUUACUCACCGACUGUAAGUGGCAAUCCUUUCAGUGUGGUCUACGGGCCUGCCCCAGGCUCUUACCACACACAGUCUUAUUCUACACUAACAGGGCUCUACAGACAGCAUUCGCCAGGCAGUUCCACUCUGCCACCCAAUUAUGGACUGCUGCAGCCAGCCUUCCCCCCCUCAGCGCCCUCCAUGCCUCACUUCUCUGCUAGCAAUCACGCUCUGUCCAGUCUGGCAGACUCCCCGUCUGUCCCCAGUCACGCUGUGAACAUUCUGGCAAAGCCACUUCAUGCUGAGGGGGACAGCCAGAAGACUCAGGAUCCUUUUGGGGAUCUGCUGACUAUGGCCAAGCCAGCUACACCCCAAAAAAAGAAGGUGGAGGACCUUCGGAGGAGGUGGGAAACAUUUGACUAAAACCUGUGAAUAUGUACUGAGGUGCUCCUCUCUGUCCCGAGCCAAUCUCCCCUCACUACUGAAUCAGGACCUUCUAUUGCAUUUAAUACUGCAUUAGCUGUUAGACAUGCUGCUAUGCUUAUGCAACUCACAAUAGUAGAAGAAUAAGAGCUUCAACCUAAAAUAAGUUAGUGAACGUGAACUAAUCAGCCUUGCAUUAUUUCUCCUGCACGCUAACGUUAAAGCUACUUUGUUGACUGACGUCUUUAUUUCAACGUGACGUAAUGAAGUGUGUUUGGCUGCCCUGUUAGUUGCUGACCCCAGUGGUUGAUACAGGUGUCUUUUCACUUGCCAGUCCCACCAGUAAUACAAAGCUUUUAUUACCAAAACACAGCUUGUCAGUGGUACGUAAUCAAUGUACAUAAAUGUUUUUAUUGAUUUCUGAAUUCUGUUUUAUAGUGAUGUGGUUUUCUUCUACUCUUGUGUGUGUGUGUGCAUAUGCAUCAGAGAUGAUAUAAUUUACUGUGACAGAAGGUCUUGUCCGUCUCCCCCCCCCUCCCUUUCAUCAGCUCUGCUGCUGACCAAUGACAAACAGGAGUGUGAACUGUGUUGUCCGCCCAAAACCUGCACCAGAAUUUGGAUAUUUUGUGUUGUUUGAUUUUCCUGCUAUUCUACCCAGGAAAUGCCACUCAAAGCCAGCCUUGCUUCAACAUGUUCCGAUGCCACGCAUUAGCAAAUUGCUUAGAAAGUUCUUUGCACAGCAGCCUUGUGUCGUCAGGCUUUAAUGGCAGCACAUUAGCGUAGUGCUCAGUAUAGAUUUUUGACUUUAAAUAUAGUACGCAGUGUUUCCUGAAAGAGGAUAUAUGUCACACUCACAACAGCAUAUGUCUUAAUGAUGUCGACUUCUGCAGGUAGCUAGUAGCUAGCCUGCUAGUUAAUUAACAUCCCAUUGGCAUUAUGCUACUGUAGCUACAAAGUGUGGUGAAUCUGAUCACGCAGUUAGUUCCCCUGUACAUGUUUUUGGAGAUGCACAGUAUUUUAGUUGAGUUAGUUUGGCGUUCAUGAUGAAUCCCAUCCUUGGCAUCUCUCACUGACUGAACAUGUGCUGCCUCAUACUGUUUUCUAAAGAAACUUUGGAAGAAAAGCUGCAAGCCUCCAAAAGCCUGUAAUGUCCCUAAAUGAUUUGAAGCAUUUCUGUUUGAUUAAAUAUAUAUAUAUGUGUACUUUGAAACACUUAAUUGUAUAUUCUGUUGUUUUAAAUGGUUAUUUCACUAAUUCUGACACUGAUAUAUGAACUCUAUGAUUUUCUUCUGUAUGUUUUUGCCUUAGUCAAGUUUUUGUGUGUUGACACUUUAUUUGUUCUAAAACUGAUUAAAAGCUGGGGACUAGUCCCCUUUUGCAUUUGGUUAUAAUACAAAUAUUUCAUAAUAACAUGUCAGCCUCACACAACUGACUCUGGAUUGUGUUGAGCUACGCAGGGCAUUUUUCUUAAUCACCCUGUUACUUUUGCCAAUAAUGACAAUGUCCAUCUGCCUGUUGGUGCAUAUAUCUUGUGCACAGCUUCAUGUUCCCUUGACAUUGAAUAUGGAAAUGUAUGGUCCCCACCCAAUGAUUCCUGAUUACUUUAACUUGUAAUCCCCUGUCCUUUCCCUUUUCCUAACUCUUAAUCCAUAAAGUAAAUCCAUAGUUUAAAACGAAAUACAUAAAAAACGUGGUCCUCUGUGGCAGUGGUUCUUAAAUUUCCUUCAGUAAUGUACCCCUUUGGAGUAUUUUUUCAUCUAAGUACCCCUUGACCAGCACAAAACAUUUUUGGUAGAAAUAAAGUGGCACAAUACAGAGCUGCGCCAUUAGUGUUUGAUUUCCUGUAAAAACAAUACUAUCACUUUAAAAUACUUAAAUGCUACAUUCCAAAUGUUCAGAAUAACUAAACUUAGGUUUGUGGUGACUUUGACCUUUUCUUUAGCCCCUUCAUCACACCAGAAUGUGCACUUGUAAAACAGAAAUAUUAAAAUUGGUAUCAAAAUAUCCACAACA